AACCAAUCCCCUUCUCAUAUCACCAUAUACCAUAUCACCAAUCCUCCCCAUAAAUGUAUUCCUAAACAUACAUGUUGCUCCAAAUUGCUAACUCUGUUUUGAUUACAUACAUUGUGAAAACUCAGGAUGAAGUCUACUUGUUUAUAUUUGCUUGCUCCUCUUGUUUCAGAGUGAGGACCUUCCCAAAGGAUCCAGCCUUACUGGGCAGAGACACCGUGAGAGCCCUCAUGUAUUACGCCCUGAAGGUGUGGAGCGACAUCGCCCCGCUCAACUUCCACGAGGUGGCAGGAAGCGACGCCGACAUUCAGAUCGACUUCACGAAAGCCGAUCACAACGACGGAUAUCCCUUCGAUGGGCCAGGGGGCGCCGUGGCUCAUGCCUUUUUCCCCGGAGAGAGAUUCACGGCUGGGGAUACGCACUUUGACGACGACGAGGCUUGGACCUUCAGAUCACCAGACUCUCACGGGAUGGACCUGUUUGCAGUGGCCGUCCAUGAGUUUGGUCACGCCAUUGGUCUGGUCCACACCUCAGCCAUUGAGUCGAUCAUGAGACCAUACUACCAGGGUCCUGUCGGAGACCCUUUGAAGUAUGACUUACCCUAUGAAGACAAAGUCCGAGUCUGGCAGCUCUAUGGUGUACGUGAGUCUGUGUCCCAUACAAACAAUCCUGGCACCCCUUCACAAACGUCUGAACCUCCCAUCCUGUUGGACAUUCCACAAAACAAAUCCAUUCUGCAGCUGGCUCGAGACACCCCAGACCGAUGCAGCAGCUACUUUGAUGCAGUGGCCCAGAUACGAGGAGAGGCCUUUUUUUUCAAAGGGAAAUACUUCUGGCGUCUCACUCGAGAGAAGCACCUGGUGUCCCUGCGUCCCGCUCAGAUCCACUGGUUCUGGAGGGGCCUGCCUGCCAAUCUGGACAGUGUGGACGCCGUAUACGAGAGACCUGGAGACCAUAAAAUAGUCUUCUUUAAAGGUCUCAAGUACUGGGUAUUUAAAGACAACAUCAUGGAGGAGGGUUACCCCCGUCCAAUCAGCGACUUCGGCCUGCCUUUAGAGGGAGUGGACGCGGCAUUUGUGUGGCUCCACAAUGAGAAAACCUACUUCUUCAAGGACAACCGCUACUGGCGGUACGAUGACCACCUGAGACGCAUGGAUCUGGGCUACCCUAAAGACAGCAUGCUCUGGAAGGGACUGCCAGCACACCUGGAUGAUGCCAUCAGGUGGUCUGACGGUUCGUCCUACUUCUUCAAGGGGAAGGACUAUUGGCGCGUGCCGAGCAGCGACAUGGAGGUGGAGGUGGGCUACCCGCGCCUCAUCGCCAAAGACUGGCUACUGUGCACCGAGAUGCAGUCGGACUCUCCGGGCGCCGAGCCCAAAAGCACCGAGACCAGAGUCAACGUGCAUCAUCGCCCGGACCACGCCGAGAACGGCUACGAGGUGUGCUCGUGCACGUCGGGCACGGCGUCGCCUUUAAAUGCCCGCCCCUCCCCGUCCUCCCCCUUGUGGCUGCUGCCGCCUCUCUGGACACUCUCACUGGCCCUCCGCUCUCAACCGCUAUGAUGCCAAAAGUCCUCACACGAUGUUAGUGAGCACUCGCUUUGUUCUGAUGAUUACAUUUGUAUUUAUUUAUUCUGGCGGGUUCUUUUCCUUUUGGGGCAUUUAGAUAAAGCGGUUUUAUACUUUGGGUUUACAUAAUCAACGACAUGCACUGUCCAUUAACAAUCAUGUCCAGCUGAGCGUAAACCUGCUCAAUAAUCGUGAACAAUCUACUCACCCAUAAAAAGAAAUGGCUGUUUUGAUGGCCUCAAACUCAGUUAUUGAAUUCCGUUUUAGACAUUAACAAUUACAAGCAUGCAGUAUUGUGUUUUUAAAAUACAUCCCGUCUUGUCAAAGCAUCUUCUUGUUGGAAAAUGUUCAAUGAAUUGACUCAGAGUGGUGUUUAAAGAGAGUAUGGCCAACCCAGUUUCUGACAACCUCUUCAAUGAUUGGUCAAAAGGCACUCAUGUGACUACAGGGCGCCAUGACUGCUACCAACUUUAAGUUAUGUGUUUGAGCCAGCGAUUAGUGUCUUGUGCGAGGUAAACACAGGACAUGAUGUCUGCUCUUUGUUCAGGAGAGAACACACAGAAACUCAUACAAAUAACAGAAGAAAUUAACAAAUUAAAGAGAUGGUUUGACAAAAACAGACUAACAUAUUUCCUUGAAUAGCCGCCGGGCAUGUAAUAUGCGCCUGGCUUGAAUUACGGCCAGGUUUAACUCACUCCCCAAAUUUAUUAGCGCAUGCUUAUAUUUACCGCCGGAUGAUGUCACGGGUGACCCUUCCCCUGCCGUCAUUUCAAAACGGCGGAGGAGUUUUUUUGCUUUUACUGUGUGUAAACUAGGGGUCUUGUUCCACACACAGCCAUACAGAUCACACUCAUGGUUGUGAUAUAAAACAACUUUAACACUCAUACUAAUAUGUGCCACACUCGGUGAACCCACACCAAACACAUUUCUGGAGAACAUAUGCCCGCAGCACACCACAAACGCAACACAACACCUACCCACAAUGCAAUGUAUCCACGACUCCUGGCUACGUAGAUAGUACAGUGAUUACAAAUACAUUGGAGGCAGACAGGCUUCACGGUGGGAGAGGGGUUAGUGCGUCUGCCUCACAAUACGAAGGUCCUGAGUAGUCAGGGUUCAAUCCCGGGCUCGGGAUCUUUCUGUGUGGAGUUUGCAUGUUCUCCCCGCGACUGCGUGGGUUCCCUCCGGGUACUCCGGCUUCCUCCCACCUCCAAAGACAUGCACCUGGGGAUAGGUUGAUUGGCAACACUAAAUGGUCCCUAGUGUGUGAAUGUGAGUGUGAAUGUUGUCUGUCUAUCUGUGUUGGCCCUGCGAUGAGGUGGCGACUUGUCCGGGGUGUACACCGCCUUCCGCCCGAUUGUAGCUGAGAUAGGCAUCAGCGCCCCCCGCGGUAGAAAAUGGAUGGAUAGAUGGAUGGAGGCAGACACCACACUUAACAUUCUUUACACAAAAAUCACUAUUUCUCCGGGAUUGUUGGUCCAAAGUUGAUGAAGAUUUUGGCUCAAAAAUAUUUAUGGUCGUUUUGUGUAUUUUUUAUUUUUUAUUUUUUUUGCACCGUUGGAUGCGUUUUAUAUAGCCUGCUGGUCACUAAACACUGCAGGAACGUAGCAGCAGAGUGCGUCAAAUACGGCCGCAAAAUUAUACUUUCACGAAAUCAACGCAUGUUUUAUUGUAAGUUUAUGAGCCGGAGUUUAUUUUUUGGGUUGAUUUGGUCAAGAAAACUAACGUCAGAACGACUGCAAUUGUAUGCGCAGCCGCACACGUCCUUGGUAGCAGUCAUGGCGCCUGUUGCUUAGUUGACCAUGCUCUCUUUAUACACCACUCUGAAUUGACUUGUGACUCGUCACCCUCGACUGGAUUCAUAGCUGCAGCAUGUGUUUCCCACCACCAGAUAGCGCCAUAAAACCACUUACAAUUUAUGUUAACAUUGAAAAAAUACUUAGAAUUUACGAUGUAAAGCAGAGAAAGUGAAUAUGUGAAUGCUGAACCACGAUGAGGUGGGGAUCCACUCUAUUAUAGAAAAUCCUGUUUGUGUUGCUUUUUGUAGUAAAAAGAAAAAAGCUCCCUAUUCACUGAAUUCUCCGAACACAAUCUGUUUUUAGAACACCAAGUUUUCCCAUAGUAUUCGAUACAAACAUAAUCAGUUCCGGUGUCAAACCAUUUAAAAGACAAUGUUUAAAGUAACCUCUUAACAUUAACCAUAUUAACAACUAACAUUUUAGCAGUAAAAAAAAAACACAAUCACAAAUGUAAAAAUAAGUAACAAAAGUACACACACAAAUGUACUUAAUUGUCACACAAGUGUAAAAAGAAGUUGACCACAAGUGUUAGGAGUAAGUGUUAAAGUUGUUGUUUUCCACUAAAGAGUAAUCCCCUA